AGCCACCAAAACACACCCCGGGCGCCACGCUCCCCUGGAAAGCCUUCGCCGGGCCUUAACUGCCACCCUCACUUCCCAGCGGGAAGCGGGGUGCCAGACAGCCGCCCUUUUCGCGGCAUAAGCAACAAAAAACGAAGAGAAAACACGCGGGGCCAGGUGCCGGCCUCGCCCCCUCAGCAGCGCUGCCGGACGCUGGACGAGGCCGCCGGCGACCGCCACGCGUGGGGCCAUGCCCCCACGGCCCCGGACGGGCACCAGCGGAGGGCACGCGCCGCAGCAGAGGCGCAGCGCGGGAACCCGCCUCCCGCCCCGUGUCACCGCGGGGCGCAGGCGACACCGCCCACAAGCAGCGGCAGCAGGAGCAGCAGGGCCGCCCGCCGCCCCCGUCACCCACCUUCCCACCGCGGCACCGAGCGGGGCGGCAGCGCGGCCCAGCCGGCCCCGCGCGAGCGGAGGGAAGGGUGCGGAGCUGGCGGAGCCAGGAAAUAAACGGGUUCUGAUGCAAGGAAAACGAUGAAAUUCGGUUGCCUUUCCUUCCGACAACCCUAUGCAGGAUUAGUUUUAAACAAAGUCAAAACAGUAGAGACUCGCUGGCAUCCUUUGCUAGCAGACUACAAGAACUGCACCGUUGCCGUUCAUAUAGCUGUUAAGGACUGGCAAGAUGAAACAUGGAGAGCAAUUCUUUUGAAUAGGUUUGGUAUGACACCAAAACAAGUGCAAGAUUUGUUGGAUGAAGGGGAAAAAUUUGGCAGAGGAGUUAUUGCGGGGUUAAUUGACAUUGGAGAGACAUCACUGUAUCCAGAAAACUUGCCUCCUGAAAAGAUUCUGGACCUAGAAAACAAAGCUGUCCUCAGUAAUCUAGAACAGAAAUACUUGACUGUUGUUUCAAAUCCAAGAUGGCUCCUGGAACCGAUUCCUGCCAGAGGGGGAAAAGGUGUGUGGCAGGUGGACAUCCCCGAAGAACUGAUCCCUUCAGAAGCAUAGGCGUUGCCCCUCGCUAUUAUUUUUCCUGCCUAAAUGCAAACUUGCAGUUUACAAGUCAGCAUCUUGAAUACCAGUGAGUUGUUCAGGAUUCCCUUCCAAAACUAAUUGUUUGAAAUAGCAAAUACAUUUGAAGAACUGCUCUUUUGAGGCAAAAUAAACAAGAUGUAAUUUUUAUGACUAUUACUGGAAAUUAUUAAU